AUGGAGUUGGCGGGUGUCAAAGACAAGAAAUCAAGCGAGCUCUCCCAAGUUAUUACACGAGAGGACAUCGCUCAAGGAGACUCAUCUUCGUCGGUGGUCUCUCCUCCCCCCGAGGCGUAUCAAUUAUACAAAAGACGCUGGUUAGGACUAGUUGGCAUAUGUCUUUUGAAUAUUAUAUCGGGGUUGAACUGGCUUUGGUUCUCAUCCAUAGCAAUAAAUACAUCUCAGGAAUUCGGCGUCUCACUUGAAAGGGUGAACUGGCUGGGCAAUAGCGUCAACUUGAUUUACCUUCCAGUAUCUAUGAUUGUGCCCCUGGGCUUCUCUCGAUUGGGCCUCCGCAUAUCGUGCAUCAUUGGUUCAAUUGGACUGUUGAUAUCUGCGUGGAUUCGCUAUGCUGGGACCACAAGAAGCCUUUCCCCAGAUGGCAGAUAUGCUCUGCUGCUAAUCGGACAGAUAUUCACAGGAUUUUCGCAGCCAUGGUUCCAGAUACUUGGCCCCAAGUAUAGCGAAACCUGGUUUGACUUGCGCGGACGAACGACGUCUACCAUGAUAAUUUCUAUUGCCAAUCCGGUUGGGGCAGCGCUCUCACAGCUCAUUGCACCAGCGUUUUCGACAGUACGAGAAUCAGUGUUGAUCCUUGCUAUUAUCACCUCGGCUGCUGCUCCCACUGCAAUACUGAUAGCUUCAAAACCUCCGACACCACCCACUUAUGCCGGAUCUCAUCCCUCCCCACCUGCAGCACAGAUAUUCCGUGCUUUCAUAGGGAAGGCUCGCCAAGGCGACGCAUUCAUGUCGUUCCGCGAGCGAAUCGACAUGGCUAUUGUUACCCUCCUUUUCGGUUCAUUCGUCGCAGCAUUCAGUGCAUUCUCCAUUCUGAUCAAUCAGAUUUUCGCACCUUAUGGCUAUUCGUCUGACGCGGCGGGAAUCAUGGGUGGUGUACUCAUCCUUGCUGGCAUUGUUGGAGCCGUGAUCCUUUCUCCCAUAUUUGAUCGAUAUCUUACACACCACCUCGCACUGGCCUCCAAGGUAUUGGUCCCGUUGCUUGCCGCAAGCUAUAUUGCAUUAAUAUGGGAUGUCCGCGUAAACAAUUAUGCCGGCCUUUAUGUUGUCAUGGUCGUCAUUGGAGUUGCAUCCUUCACCCUCUUGCCAAUCGCACUGGAAAUCGGAUGCGAGGUCACACGUAGCGCCGAAACUUCCUCUGCAGCUCUAUGGUUCACUGGAAACCUGCUCUCAGUGGUUUUUGUUCUAUCCAUGAAUGCAUUAAAAGAUGAUUCGCCGGAUGCGAAUCCUCCAUCGAAUAUGUUCAAAUCCCUCAUUUUCCAAGCUUGCUUCGUUGCCGUAGUCGCAGUAAGCGUAUUCGGCUUGAAGGGGCAGCAGACUAGGCGAGAACUCGAUGUCCAGAAGCAGCAGGCAAGGCAAGAAGGGGAGCCACAUGGGAGCUGA